AUGUUCCAGGUUGUCAUCAAGUUGAAAAUUUUGAAGGGAGCUCUGAAGGGGAUUAAUAAGACUGAGUAUGGUGAUAUUUCAGUCCACCAUAAUAGAACACAACAACAGAUGCUGGCAGCUCAAGCUCAAUUGCACCGAAAUCCUACAAAUGUAUAUAUGAGGCAAAUGGAAAGUGAAGCUAGGAGUGCCUACAGUAUAGCUCAUUCCAAUUAUCUGAGUUUUUUAUCCCAAAAAGCUAAGAUAACUUGGAUAGAAGGAGAUGAUAACACAAGAAUGUUCCACCAGAGCAUUAAACAAAGAAGAAUACAGAAUAGAAUUAAUGCCAUUAAAAAUGCAAGGGGAGAAUGGGUGGAAUCUUCACAUGGUGUAAUAGGAGCUUUUCUUGAUUUUUACAAGGACUUGCUGGGAAGUAGUUGUGAUACAAGGAAGGUGGAUAAUAAAAUUGUCCAGCAAGGGAAAGUGUUAAGCACAGAACAACAACAAUGGUUAGAUUUGACCUUUGAUUCCAAAGAGAUAAAGCAGGCUAUCUUUUCCAUCCCUAAUGAGAAGGCUCCAGGAAUUUAUGGCCAGGAGGUAAUAGCAGUUGUUCAAGAUUUCUUCAGGACUGGUAGAAUGUUACAGGGAUUAAAUGUGACAACCAUCACUUUAAUUCCUAAAAUCAAAUGUCCUGCUGGGGUUGGGGACUACAGGCCCAUUGCCUGCUAUUCAGUGAUAUACAACGCCAUUACAAAAUUGAUUUGUUCCAGGCUUAGUUCCAUAUUGCCAGGGUUGAUUUCUCCCAAUCAAGGUGCAUUUAUAACAGGGAGAAGUAUUAUGAGCAAUAUCCUGUUGUGUCAGGACCUGGUUAAGAGAUUCAAUAAAAGGCAAAAUCUAGAGAGAGGGAUUAUGAUGAAGAUAGACCUCAGGAAGGCUUAUGAUUCAGUGGAAUGGCAAUUCAUAGAAGAGUUACUUCAGGCUCUCCAUUUUCCUCCUCAUUUCAUGAGAUGCAUAAUGAGUUGUAUUACAACACCCAAAUUUACAUUGCUUAUUAAUGGGAGUACUGAAGGGUUCUUUUCUGCAAAAAAGGGAUUAAGGCAAGGGGACCCAGUGUCCCCCUUGCUGUUUGUGAUUUAUAUGGAUUAUUUAACCAGGAUUUUACACUAUAUUGGAGGAAUUCGAGGAUUUAAAUUCAGGAAGGGGUGUGCUUCAUUGAAUUUAAAUAAUCUCUGCUUUGUAGAUGACUUACUCAUGUUUUGCAAAGGAAAUGCUCACUCAGCUUACCUAUUGUUACAAGGACUGAAGCUCUUCUCUGAAACAUCAGGGCUACAAGCCAAUAAUGCCAAAUCAGCUCUUUACUGCAGUGGCAUUAAUGAAAGUGAAGCAAAUAGAAUUCAGCAGUUCUCUGGUUUUUCCAGGGAGCAAUUGCCUUUUAGACAUUUCCUUUGGAGUGGUAAGGCUAUGGGAGUCCAAAGUGGCUACAUUAACUGGGAACAGGUGUGCUCACCUAAGAAACUGGGAGGGCUGGGGUUGAGGAAUGUUGCAAAGUGGAACCUAGCUGCAGCGGGGAAGCUUGUGUAG